AUGGACUUUGGUAUCAACGGCUGGAUCAGCUCCCCUUCCUCAUCGACGUCCGGGCACGAGCUCGGGGAUGCGGUGCCCGUGUGGUCGCCGGCGGCGAAGCGGCCCGCAGGGCGCACCAAGUUCAAGGAGACGCGCCACCCGGUGUACCGUGGCGUGCGGCGCCGGGGCAGCGCGGGCCGGUGGGUGUGCGAGGUGCGCGUCCCCGGCAAGCGCGGCGAGCGGCUCUGGCUCGGGACGUACGUCGCCGCCGAGUCCGCCGCGCGCGCUCACGACGCCGCCAUGCUCGCCCUGCUCGGACGCUCCCCCUCCGCCGCGGCGUGCCUCAACUUCCCGGACUCCGCGUGGCUGCUGGUCAUGCCCCCGAGGCUCUCCGACCUGGCCGACGUCCGGCGCGCGGCCAUCCAGGCCGUCGCGGGCUUCCUGCGCCUGGAGGCCGCCACCGUGGUCCCGGACGUCGACGAGGCCACCUCCCCUGUGUACCUGCCGUCGCCCGUGGACAAUGCGGACGAAGUGUUCCAGGUGCCGACUUUCUCCCCGCUGGGCAGCGACAUGUUCGAGCUCGACAUGUCCGGGGAAAUGGACCUGGACGCGUACUACGCGGGCUUUGCCCAGGGGAUGCUCCUGGAGCCGCCGCCCACGCCAGCGUACUGGGAGACCGGAGAGUGCGGCGACGGCGGAGCGGCCGCCGGCCUCUGGAGCUACUGA